AUGCAACUGAUCAAGUUGGUUGCGGCUGCUGCUCUGCCGGCUCUGGCUCUUGCCGACACGAGCACCGAACCCUCCGCGACAAUCACUUCCACCAGCACCGUGACCUUGAUCAAGACCGUCACACUCUCUCGGGUCUCCGUCGUCACCUCAAGUACCUCCUCCUUCAGCAUGAACUCGACCACCUUUGCUGCUCGUACUGGUGCCACGACGUCUUUUAUCCCGUCCGGUGUCACCACUACACCAGCUCCCACUUCGCCAGGGCCGCAGAACGCUGCUGGAGUCCUUGAUGCCGGCAAGAUGGCCUUUGCUGGUGUUGCUGGCAUGUUUGUCGUUGCACUGAUGUGA